CAGAAUGCAAAGAGCUGAGCCAGCAGUCCUCUAACUCUCUCUGAAAUAACGUCCCUCCAAUUACACAUUUCGUUAGAGCUCACUUGUAGAUCUGCGCUCAGUUUGCGGGGAAACAGUCGGAUGGCUGCUCCUGGAGGCGCAUUCUCUGCAGCGCUUAGGCGGUCACAAGACUCGGGCAUCGGUGAGCAAAAACAUCGAGACACUGACAGGUCAGCUAGAAGCUUACAGGGCCGCACAUUCUUCUCCUCUCCACAUCCAACGUCCAACAAGUUGCUCCUUUUGGGGAACUUCGGGGCGCGCCGCGCCAUCGUCUCUGUCGCGUAUUUUUUCAACGGGAAUCUCACCGGGGCUCUUUUUUUAGACCUUAACCAGCUCCUCUGUGCGUAAAAGGCUCGUUUUAUUUGGAACUAAAUGGUGUUUAAAAACUAAAUCCGGUCAUGUUUCGGUGCGUAAAGCGGUGGCACACGACAGAGUGACCGAGUGCCGCUGGAGGAAGUUUCACCAAGGAUGUCAACAUUGCUUUGCCACCCACUCGAAAUCGAUUGUAUUACCUUCAAGAAGGUGGCUCCUCGUAUAAAUAGGAACGCAUUAUUUCAAGAAAGACGCUGGUGAGCGCAAUUGCUCUCUCUCUCUCUCUCUCUCAUCGGACCGCAGACACAAGAAUUUACUGAACCUGACAACUGUGUCCACUGUGCAGAACAUAAGCAUCUUUAACUCUUAAACCAACGGUGAAGUCAUGCAGGUGGAGAGGAAAUGGCACAUACUGUUGACCAUCUUCUUUCUGCUCGUCACCUCGGGUCAGUGUAUGGACAGCAAGGAGGUCAAGCAGAAAGAGAGACGGACGCUGUUGGAUCUAAUCUUGCAGGUGAUCAGAGACGGCCAGCAGCGGGACAAACCCGUCUCCAGGCGCUGCAGCAGUGGACUCUUCAGCUCAGCCCAAGACAUGAAGUUCUCCUCCCACGAAAAGCCUUUCUAUGCCCCUAGGCUGGAUAACAGUAGACUCAUAGAAAUUGUCCCUAGAGACGCAAACAUGAAAGACAAAUUCAUUCAGCAUUUUGGAGCAGGACAAGUCAAGUUCUCGUCGGAGUGUAAAACACACUUUCACAGACUUUAUCACAACACAAGGGACUGCUCUAGACCGGCGUAUUACAAAAGAUGUGCGAGGUUGCUAACGCGACUAGCAAUGAGUCCGCUCUGCAUGCAGUCCUAGAUGCUGCCUGCCCCUAAAAUACCAGAAGAGGGAUCAAAGCGUUGCCAAGGAAGUGCCUUCAGAGCCUCAGCAGUCUGAGAACAUUGUUGUUCGGUUUCAUUUCUGAAAAACACACACGGACAGUCGUUGGUUGUUUUUGAACAGACUUUUUGCUUUUUAUUCCACUGUACCUGUAUGUACCAUAUAUUUGUGAGGAAAUAUUAAUUUAAUAUUAAAUGCACCUAUUUAUUGAAAGGGUCUGUAUAUAAUGAUUUCACAAGCAUUUCCAAAAUCUCAUUAUUUUGGUUAUAAAAGUUCUAUACGAUGGAGAGAAAGUUCUGUUUAUUUUCUCCUCCUCCACUAUUGUGCUGAUAUUACACACCGUCGUUGUCUUCAUUGCAUUUUAUUUGGCACUUCAGUGACUGCUGACAAUGAGAACAUGUAGAAUAACGACCAUGGUGAUGAUGCACUGCAGUACUGAACAAUAAAGAAUAUUG